UUUUUACCCUCAUGUGAAAAUAGUUGGGUAAUAUUUUUGUCUAGGGUAAAUCAUUGCAUUCAACAGUCAACUGUUGCAGUUUCUUCAUUCUGUAUCAUCUUUGAGAGGAAAUAAGUACCCCUCUUUAUUAGAUGCAAACUCUGCUUAAACAAUCAUUUUUGUCACCAGAGAGAGAGAGAGAGAGAGAGAGAGAGAGAGAGAGCCUGCAGAAACCCAAGAGAGUCUCUGACAAAGAAAAGAUUUGCUCAUCUUUCUCCAUCUCAUGAUCAUGUGAAAGAGAAAGACACACUUUGAUGGAUCUGGUUCGAGACACACACACACACAUAUUUAUAUUUCAUUCUCUCGUGUGUUUAUCUUUUUACCCAUUAUUGGCUUUUGUACUCUCUCUCUCUGUCUCUGCAACCUCCUUUGAUGGUGGAUUCCUCCUAUAAAUACAUCCGCUCUUCUCACUCCUCGUCUUUUCUCCACGUUCGUCACCUGUGAUUUGCUGAAACCCUCUCUCUCUACCUCUCUCCGAGGCUUCAGUUUCAAGAAUUUCAGCAGCAUAUCAAGAUGGGAUGUUUGUCAUUGCUUCCAAAAAGUUGUUGAUUGAGUAAGAGAUCAAACAAGAGUGUGCAGAUCUCGAGAUCGAGUCCGUACUUGCUUUGCACUUUCUUGACAGUGGAUAUUAUUUUCAGACCCAACUCCUCUCUCGGAAUCUCAUGGCGACGUACUUUCAUGGGAGCUCCGAAAUCGAAGCCACUGACGGCUUGCAGACACUUUACAUCUUGAACCCUAGCUUCAUCCCCUACUCCAGCGCGGCCCACGACGCCAGCGCCCCCAAUACCCUCUUCUUGAAUCCUAUGGGGAGUGCCACACAACCAGCUCACGCUCCACCGUUGAACCACAACCACUUCGUCGGGAUUCCGCUUUCCGGACCCGCAGCACCGUUUGGACCUGCUGGAUCGGACGUAGACCUCUCUCGUCUGCACGAGAUUCCGUCCCUUCACAGCGUAGCUCCAAGGGUUCGGCCUAACCACCCAUGGGGUCAGCCAGAUACAUCGGCUGCCUCCGCAGACCAGCUCCAGAUUUGCUCGGCGACCAACUCCGCUGGGGUCUCACCCUCUCAGCGCGGCCUGUCUCUGAGCCUCUCCACGGAGCAAUCGUCGCUCAUGUCGCUCUCAAGGGAGAGCGACAUCCGUGGGCACAGCCACCAUCAAGUUUUGGGGGUCAACAAGGAAAGGGUGUCGGCGCGGAACUCAUCCUCGUCGGUCUCGAACGUGGUCUUGGGCCUGCACGGCGUCCUUCUGGGGUCAAAGUACUUGAAGGCGGCGCAAGAGCUAUUGGACGAAGUCGCUCAUGUCGGGAAAGAGAUGGAGAAUCGCUCAUCAGCUGAGGGUGCUAAUAAAGAGAAAACUAAACUCGGUAACAAGGAUUCAAGUAAGGACGAGAAAAAAGUUGAAUCAUCAUCAAGUGGGAGUGAGCUCGGUAUGGCUCAGAGACAGGAGCUUCAAAUGAAGAAGGCCAAGCUUGUUGACAUGCUGGAUGAGGUGGAGCAGAGAUACAAACAAUACCACAACCAGAUGCGACUAGUAGUCUCCUCGUUUGAGCAAGCCGCUGGCAUCCGUGCAGCGAAAUCGUACACCGCCCUGGCCCUGCAGACGAUAUCCAGGCAGUUCAAGUGCCUCAAGGAUGCUAUCUCAUCGCAGAUCAAGGCCACAGGCAGGAGCUUAGGCGAGGAUGACUGCAUGGGCGCAAAAAUGGAGGGCUCGAAAUUGAGGUACGUCGACCAUCAUUUCCAACAGCAAAGGGCACUUCACCAGCUGGGAAUGAUCCAUCAGAACAACACUUGGAGACCGCAACGAGGACUGCCGGAGCGCGCCGUUUCAGUGCUUCGCGCCUGGCUCUUCGAACACUUCCUCCACCCCUAUCCCAAAGAUUCGGAUAAACACAUGCUCGCAAAACAAGCGGGACUAACCAGGAGCCAGGUGUCUAAUUGGUUCAUCAAUGCUCGGGUUCGCCUCUGGAAGCCCAUGGUCGAAGAAAUGUACUUGGAAGAGACCAAGAGCCGAGAACAAGCUGGGUCUGAGAACGGCACGAUUCGCAGGGCCGCCACCAAAACCAACAAGGACGCCGGUUCAAAAUCCAUAUCGCAAGAAGACGAUGCUUUUGGAAUGAACAACUCCAUCAAAUCCUUCCAAUCAAACCCGAAUAAGGCCCUCAAUCGAGCCACCAUUUCGCCCUCUGAGAACUCCAACUCAACCUCCUCGACGUCUCCCAUGGCCUGCUCUAUCCCUCCGCCUCCCGGCUUCACUCUGAUCGGACCGUCAUCCAACAUAGAAGCCGGGAUUGCCCCAAGUCCUAAAAAGCCGAGGAUGAGCCCCAACUUGAUGAAUCCGCAUGGUAUCAUUCUCUCAAGGGACAUGGACAUGAAGGGGGGUGAGCCGAGCCGAGGGCUCAGUGCCGGCGCCGGCGGCGGCCACGAGUACGUCCAUGGUGGGUUCGGCGCAUUCUCAAUGGGAAACAUCGAAGGGAGAUACGGGAACGGCGUCGCUCUCACUCUCGGCCUACCGCAUGGGGAUCAAAGCCCUUCACUCUCAGUCUCAGCAACCCCACAGAAUUAUUUCCCCAACCAAAGCAUGAAUAAUCAUCAACUGGGAAGGACUAAACUUGUGGUGGGAAAUGGUGGUGAGGCUGAUUUCUUCGGGAUUGCUGGUGCUCCACAACCAUCUCAAUCGGGCUCAAUAAAUUAUGAGGCCAUCGACAUCAGCAACAGGAAAAGAUUUGCAGCCCAUCUGUUGCCUGAUUAUGUUGCUUGAUCGAUAGCAUCAAGAUAAAGAUCUGAUGACGAUGCAAAUCUCUCCAAUUGUUUAAUGGGCAAUUUAUUGCUUGCCCAUAACCAUGGAGGUAUCUUUCUGUACGAUAUAUAUCAUAGAGAUAGAGAUUGGUUGAGACAGAAGAGAUUAGUGUAAAUGAACAAGUAUUGUAGUAAUAUACAUGCAAAAUAGGAAGCUUUCCAGA